AUACUGGCGCGCCCUACGUAUUAUACAAGGACAACAUGGAGAGACCCCAGGGGCAAUGGGGCCCGGGGCCGGGAUCUCUCCAGGACGGGGGACUCUCGAUCCACAGCGACGCGGACAGACCCGCCUGUCCGCGGUCGCUGGUUCGCGAGAGAUCCGCAGAUCAAAAUAUAAGAACGAUCGGCGACGAACCGAUCGUGGAGAGUUGUUCUCGAGCGAAGAAUCAGAACGACGUGUCACCGCAUCUGAUCUUCAAGAACGGGAUGACGCCGACACUCUGGCCGCAGGACGUCCCGUUCCCGCCGGAGGAGGGCAAGGAGGAGGUGGCGUCGACGUUCGGCGACACGGACACGCAGUCGGGCGCGUUCAGCCCGGCGCCGGACGCGAACUCGAUCCAGUACCCGGCGUACUUCAAGGACCCGAAGGGCGGCAACCACGCGGUAUUCGGCGCGGGCGGGACCGGCAGCUUCGGCGCCCUCCAGUACAUCAAGCAGCAGGGCGGCAGCAAGAGCUGCCUGCCGGACGUGAUACAGCACGGCCGUUCCGCGGGCAUGCCGCUCUACGUGCGCUGCCCGAUAUGCCAGAAGGAGUUCAAGCAGAAGUCGACCCUGCUGCAGCACGGCUGCAUACACAUCGAGUCCCGGCCGUAUCCUUGCCCGGAAUGCGGCAAGAGGUUCAGGCAGCAGUCCCACCUGACCCAACACCUGCGCAUCCACACGAACGAAAAGCCGUACGGCUGCGUCUACUGCGGCCGGAACUUCCGCCAGCGCACCAUCCUCAACCAGCAUCUGCGCAUCCACACCGGCGAGAAGCCGUACAAGUGCCAGCAGUGCGGCAAGGACUUCCGUCAGAAGGCGAUACUGGACCAGCACACGCGCACCCAUCAGGGCGACAGGCCGUUCUGCUGCCCGAUGCCGAACUGCAGGCGGCGUUUCGCGACGGAGCCCGAGGUCAAGAAGCACAUCGACAACCACAUGAACCCGCACGCGGCGAAGGUGCGCCGGAACUCGAGCAGCGACACCAAACCGCCGGGCACGCCGGCCGGUCUGGGCCCGGUCCCCGUUCCAAGGGGCCUGACGCCGACGGUGGUCAAGCCGGAGCUGUACUUCCCGCAGUGUUACGCGCCCGCGUUCAACCAUCAGCCGCCGGUGUCGACGGCGCAGUUCCCCGGCCAGGCGAACGGCGUGUCCGUCGCCGGCGAGUUCAAGCCGCCAACCGGCCUGCCGCCCCAGUGA